AUGGAAGAAAAGAGGAGGGGAGAGGGACUGAGAGACUUGGAAGAAAAGAGGAUGGGAGAGGGACUGAGAGACGUGGAAGAAAAGAGGAUGGGAGAGGGACUGAGAGACGUGGAAGAAAAGAGGAGGGGAGAGGGACUGAGAGACAUGGAAGAAAAGAGGAUGGGAGAGGGACUGAGAGACAUGGAAGAAAAGAGGAUGGGAGAGGGACUGAGAGACAUGGAAGAAAAGAGGAUGGGAGAGGGACUGAGAGACUUGGAAGAAAAGAGGAUGGGGGAGGGACUGAGAGACAUGGAAGAAAAGAGGAUGGGAGAGGGACUGAGAGACAUGGAAGAAAAGAGGAUGGGAGAGGGACUGAGAGACGUGGAAGAAAAGAGGAUGGGAGAGGGACUGAGAGACGUGGAAGAAAAGAGGAUGGGAGAGGGACUGAGAGACAUGGAAGAAAAGAGGAUGGGAGAGGGACUGAGAGACUUGGAAGAAAAGAGGAUGGGAGAGGGACUGAGAGACAUGGAAGAAAAGAGGAUGGGAGAGGGACUGAGAGACAUGGAAGAAAAGAGGAUGGGAGAGGGACUGAGAGACACGGAAGAAAAGAGGAUGGGAGAGGGACUGAGACUUGGAAAAAAAGAGGAUGGGAGAGGGACUGAGAGACACGGAAGAAAAGAGGAUGGGAGAGGGACUGAGAGACACGGAAGAAAGGAGGAUGGGAGAGGGACUGAGAGACAUGGAAGAAAAGAGGAUGGGAGAGGGACUGAGAGACAUGGAAGAAAGGAGGAUGGGAGAGGGACUGAGAGACACGGAAGAAAAGAGGAUGGGAGAGGGACUGAGACUUGGAAAAAAAGAGGAUAG